ACAUACAGACAGGACCCAGGUCAGUUCCUCCUUCACCUCACCUUCAAAUCACAUGUCCACUGGUCAAAGGUUGUCUCCAAUGUGGCUGAGCUCGAGACAGGGAGAAUCAAACACACUGUAUCUUCUUCUGCAGUGCCCACAUCUUGCUACAAAAUGGUAUCUUGAUGCUCUUCUCUGACGGGUCUGUUUUCUCCAUGUUCCCAUUUCUUGGGUGAAAGCGAAAUUGGUCGGAGAGGAUGCUCGCUGUAGUGGCAGCCGUUGUGGUGGUGGGUGUGUUCGCUUAUGGGUACAAGAGCGUGAGGCCUCCUCCUCCUAGAAUCUGUGGGUCGCCGAGUGGCCCUCCGGUGACGUCGCCCAGGAUCAAGCUCGGCGAUGGCAGGCACUUGGCCUACAGAGAGAGAGGUGUGGCCAAGGAGAGGGCCAAGUACAAGGUGGUCUUGGUUCAUGGGUUCGACAGCUCCAAGGACUUUUACGUGCCAUUGUCUCAAGAAGUGAUGGAGGAGCUGGGUGUGUAUAUCCUGACAUUUGAUCGACCUGGUUAUGGAGAAAGUGAUCCAAAUCCUAAACGCUCCGUGAAGAGUGAAGCAUUCGAUGUCCAAGAAUUGGCUGACAAAUUGGGUCUUGGAACCAAGUUCUACCUGAUGGGGGCAUCCCUCGGUACACAUGUCAUUUGGUCUUGCUUGAAGUACAUUCCACACAGGCUGUCCGGUGUAACUCUUAUAGUUCCGGUGAUCAAUUUCUGGUGGCCUUCUUUCCCUCCAGAUUUGGUCCACGAGGUUUACAAGAAACAGCUCAAGAGGGACCAGUGGAAGCUCUGGAUCGCGCACCACACCCCGGGACUAGUGUACUGGUGGAUGACUCAGAAGUUGUUCCCCUAUUCCUCCAUCAUGCAGAGACAUCCAAUUCUGUUUAACGAGCGAGAUCUCGCAACAAUACAGGCCAUGUCGAAAGUACCGAAUCCACAUGAGCACAAGAUUCGACAACAAGGCGACUAUGAGUCCCUGCACCGAGACAUUAAAGUGCACUUUGGCAACUGGGAGUUCGACCCAAUGGGGCUGACGAAUCCGUUCCCUCAUAACGAGGGCUCUGUUUACCUGUGGCAAGGCCACAAUGACAAGCUUGUCUCGUUCGAGCUGCAGAGGUAUGUCGCGAAGAAGCUGCCCUGGAUCAAGUACCACGAAGUCGCCGACGGGGGCCAUCUGAUGAUUCACGAAGCCGGCUUAUGCGAAGCCAUGUUUAGGGAGCUUUUGCUUGGAGAAGAACCAUCCUUUUGAGUUAUGAACAAACUGCAAACUCAGUCGCAUUGCUGCAUGGUCCUGUCUUUGUUCUUGUUUCAAGUUCGUGCACGGAACGUAGUGAACCGCCGAAGCCACGGCUCGACUCGAGAACCCGUUUCUGAUGCUUGACCCUGAGUUUUGUUCCAAGAAUGCCCAUCUCCUUUGUGUAUCUUACUUGAGUUUUAAUGUUCUGCCAAGUAUGAAUGAUGAAUCACCAGCCAUGAAACUUCAUUAGUUUCCAAUCUUUCUAAAUGCCUUAUUAGCCU